AUGUUUCCCUUUCCCUCAUUGUGGCGGCUUCGAAGGCGUGUGAUCAAUAUAUCAAUACUUGCGUUCAUUUCGUGCGUUUUGGCUCUUGGCCACUUUGUCUCCAGAUCACGAUACAAUUUAUCCCUGGGAGUACCCUCGUCGAACAAGUCGCCAUACUAUUCCUAUGGGCGGGAUCGCUUUUAUUCAUGGAUAACUAAGCCUUUUUUCCCGCCGCUGGUGAAUUCCGGAGCCACCAACCUGACGGCGCCCGACUACUGCGCAGGCUUUCCCACUCAUCUUUUGGAUCGCAUCCAAGUCAUCCUUAAAACAGGUACUGGAGAGCCUGAGAAGAACAAAGCACAUCUUGCCACUGUUACAUCGUGCAUAUCCAAUCUUCUCGUUUUUUCCGAUUAUGAGGAGAACGUUGCUCAGCAUCAAUUCAUCGAUGUGCUCGACGAUCUCCCGUCAAGCUAUACGACUAGUAACCCAGACUUUGCGACUUACCAUGAUCAGAAGUUGGCUCAUUCGAAAAAUGGUCGGGUUGGGUAUUCGCAGGAGGGUUGGCGACUCGACCGCUUUAAGUUUCUGCCGAUGGUCGAGAAGGCGUAUAAGAUGCGCCCGCAUGCCGAUUGGUAUGUCUUCAUCGAAGCCGACACCUAUUUCUUUUGGGAUACAUUGUUCCGCAUGCUUGAUCAACUCGACCCAUCUAUGAUGCAUUAUUUAGGAUCACCCGUUGGGGGAGGUAGAGGCCUAUAUUUUGCGUAUGGUGGCGCAGGCUUCGUGCUGUCAAGGGGCUUGAUGAACCGCUUGAAUGAUGGCUCCAGCAAAGAAUCUCGCCUCAGUGUCAAAUACCAAGACUUGGCCAAAAAGGACUGCUGUGGCGAUGCAGUGCUUGCUUAUGCAAUUAUGGAUGAAGCUGGAGUGAAAGUGGAAGGUCUUAAUCCUACAUUUUCCGGUGAAGAACUCGGUGCCAUUGAAGUGAACAAAGAGAGAUGGUGUAUACCACUUCUUUCACUUCACAGAAUGUCGCCAGAGCAGCUAACGGCCCUUUGGGAAUGGGAGCGAACGAGGCCAUAUAAUGAGCUCAGCCUGCGCCGCAGACGCAAAUUGCUUGCAAUUUUCAUAUUCGUCCAAAACGUGCCGCUUUGGGAACUCGAUACGAAUGGGAAAGCCUACGCCUGA